CCGCCAUCUCGAGCAGGGUCUCUUCGCCAGUACGAUACGACGAUACAAUAUACAGUGAAGAAGAAAGGAUGGAGACAGAACCGCCAUUUGACGUGGAAGUGAAGAUCUUCGGGGCAACAAUCCUACUGCGCGGGGUAUCCUUUACGUAAAGAGUAUCGAUCAGCCAGGAAUCGGCCGACGGGCGUUUGAGAUGGUCGCUCGAGCCCCUGAUAACAUAGUCUAAUCAUCACUGCGGAUUCCGAUGAACAAUUAUAAAAGUUGACGCACUUGACGAGGAUGCUGGAGAGUCCUUCAGUCAAUUUGCCGAACCUCGCACCAUCUGGUGGCGGAGACAUCCCGUACGAGCAGAGAGCGGAUCCUCUCCCCUUUACAGAUGCUCAAGUCGAUGGUUUCAAAGAGCAAGACCGGUGGUUGCCCAUCGCCAACGUGUCUCGGAUCAUGAAGACAUCUCUACCUGCAUCCGCCAAGAUCUCCAAAGAUGCAAAGGAAUGCGUCCAAGAAUGCGUAUCAGAGUUCAUUAGCUUCAUCACGUCUGAAGCAGCUGAGAAAUGCUUGAACGAGAAGAGGAAGACGAUAAAUGGGGAAGACGUCCUGACAUCAACCAAGAGUCUCGGAUUCGACAAUUACGAGGGAGUGCUAAAGAUUUACUUGGCAAAGCUAAGAGAGACAGAAGCAAGGUGAUUCGGAUGAUUCAGCAGACGAAACGGGUACCAGACGUGGGCCGGAGGAUGAUAUUGGUGAUGGCGAGGUCGUU